AGGGGAUUUGGGUUCGUGAUAUACAAAGACCCGUCGUCUGUGGAGAAAGUCUUGGCAGCAGGGCCACACCACCUUGAUUCUAAACUGGUUGAUCCGAAAAUUGCAUUACCUCGUCAAAUGAAUUCUACGGCACAGCCGAAGAUGGUUACAAGGACGAAAAAGAUGUUCAUCGGUGGACUGUCAGCCUCCACAACCAUUGAAGACAUUAAGUCCUAUUUCCAACAAUACGGCAAG